UGUGUGGCUCUAAAGGCUUGUUGUGAUGCGUAUCCCCGUAGAUACCAGCACCAGCCGCCGCUUCACGCCGCCCUCCACCACGCUGAGCCCGGGGAAGAUGAGCGAGCCGCUGGCGCUGCCCGGCGCCGAGCACAGCGGGGCUUUGCCGGGGAAGCUGCGCAGCGCCGACCGCAGCAUGGUGGAGGUCCUGGCGGAUCACCCCGGGGAGCUGGUGCGCACCGACAGCCCCAACUUCCUCUGCUCCGUGCUGCCCACGCACUGGCGCUGCAACAAGACGCUGCCCAUCGCCUUCAAGGUGGUGGCCCUGGGGGACGUCCCCGAUGGGACCCUGGUGACGGUGAUGGCCGGGAACGACGAGAAUUACUCGGCGGAGCUGCGCAACGCCACGGCGGCCAUGAAGAACCAGGUGGCGCGCUUCAACGACCUGCGCUUCGUGGGCAGGAGCGGCAGAGGGAAGAGCUUCACUCUGACGAUCACGGUCUUCACAAACCCUCCCCAAGUGGCCACGUACCACAGAGCCAUCAAGAUCACAGUGGAUGGACCUCGGGAACCCCGAAGACAUCGGCAGAAAAUAGAUGAGCAGACAAAGCCCGGCAGCUUGUCCUUUUCUGAGCGCCUGAGCGAGCUGGAGCAGUUGCGUCGCACGGCCAUGAGGGUCAGCCCACACCACCCAGCCCCCACACCCAACCCUCGAGCCUCCUUGAACCACAGCACAGCUUUUAACCCUCAGCCUCAGAGUCAGAUUCAGGCCUGCGGGGGCUCACGGCCCUGCUGGGCUUCCACCUCUUUGGGGAUCUUUGACACAUGA